CAUAACUGUCUCUAUCUUUCUUUCUUUUUAUCAACCGAUCAAGCUUAAACGAAGAGAAACAAUGGUUGUAGUUGGUCAGUCAAACCCCACCAAGCAAAGAUCGAGAGGGGUCUUACGCAGAGCCAGGAGCCUCUCUCGUUUCGAUGAAAGACAAAGCUUGCAGAAUCACGAGGAGACUUACCUGGAGAAUGGUAAUAUCAGUGUGAAUGAAGAGAAGCCAAGAGAGACUCGAGAAGAAUGGGUGAUCUCGAUCAAAGACAAGAUCGGUAAAGCAUGUAGAGACGUCACCUCGUCUAGCUGGGACAAGCUUUGUAUCUAUAGAGUUCCACAUUACCUGAAGGAAAUUGACAAGAAGUCCUACUUUCCUCAAACUGUGUCGCUUGGUCCCUACCACCAUGGCAACAAACACCUCCUGCCUAUGGAAUGUCACAAGUGGCGUGCGGUCAAUAUGGUCAUGGAACACACCAAGAUAGGUAUCGAAACAUAUAUUGAUGCCAUGAAAAAUCUUGAGGCUACGGCUCGUGCUUGCUACCAAGGUCCCAUUGAUAUGAGUAGUAAUGAGUUCACCGAAAUGCUUUUUCUUGAUGGUUGUUUUGUUCUUGAGCUCUUCAGGGGAACUGAUAAAGGCUUCAUGAAAAUUGGAUAUGCACCCAAUGACCCAGUUUUCGCGGAAGGAGGAUUAAUGCAUUCCAUUCAACGUGACAUGGUAAUGCUAGAAAAUCAACUUCCUUUGUUUGUUGUAGACAAGUUGUUAGAGCUACAGCCCGACACAGAGUACCAACCUGGUUCAGCGGCACAGUUAGCAGUUAAGUUCUUUGCUCUACUAAUGCCAAUGGACGAGGAGCUGACCAAAGGGGACAAGUUAGACUCCGUUGACUCAGUAAGUGACAUUGGCGAGUUGCACUGCUUGGAUGUUUUCCACCGAAGUUUCUUCAAGUCUACUUGGAAACCGGAGAAGAAAAGUCGAAAGUCCAUAUCAUCUCGAAAACAACAGUUGAUACAUUGCGUGACAGAACUAAAGGAAGCAGGAGUUAAGUUCAGGAGAAAGAAAACCAACAAGCUUUGGGAUAUUGAAUUCAGAAAAGGUUAUCUAAAUAUACCCAAAUUACUAAUCCAUGACAGUACCAAAUCUCUCUUCUCAAAUCUUAUAGCUUUUGAGCAGUGCCAUGCCAACUCGAGCAACGACAUAACGUCCUACAUAAUCUUUAUGGAUAAUCUGAUAAACUCUGCUGAAGAUGUUAGCUACUUGCACCAUUGUGGUAUCAUCGAGCAUUGGCUAGGGAGUGAUUUUGAAGUUGCGGAUUUGUUUAACCGGCUAUGUAAAGAAGUUGUCUUUGACCCAAGAGAUAGUUAUCUAUCUCAACUUUCCGGUGAAGUAAACCGUUAUUAUAGUCGUAAGUGGAAUUCUUUGAAGGCUACCUUAAGACACAAGUACUUCAACAACCCUUGGGCAUAUUUCUCUUUCUUCGCUGCGGUUAUUCUCUUAAAUCUCACAUUACUUCAAAGCUUUUUUGCUCUCUAUGCUUAUUAUAAGCCACCUUCUUAACUUGUCAUUGUUAUUUUCGUUUCCUUUUGAUUGAG